AUGCCACAAGACCGUAUUGGAUACCAUGUCGUAGGAGGAGCAAGCAGGCCGCGAGGUGAAGCUGGCGAGCGCACGAAACAUCGAGUGGGGGCCUGCCAACAAGUUCAAGCCCCGACGUCCGAAGUGUUAGUCACCUUCGUGUUAAUGGGUCUCACGGGCUUUGGGAGUUUGAAAGGCAGAGAGGGUGACAGAGUGAAGUUUCAAAAUAACCAUAAAGAUCACUUCGGAUCAAAAAGAGUGUAUGAAACUGAGGCCAGCGGGCGUUUUGUGAGAAAGCUGUUUCGAACGGUUUACAUCCGAAACGGUGAUUGA